CUUUUUUCUUCUUGUAUCACAUUUUUUUCGCCUCUUUUUUUUUUUCUUUAUUUUUUUCUUCUUGUUCACUCUAUAUACCUUUGGAAGAAAAUUAUACGUUUUAAAAAAAAUUAUUUAACGAGCGAGAACACAAGAAAAUUUAAAAUAGAAAGAAAAAAAUACAACAGUGAAUCAUAGCAACAACAAAAUUAGUAUGACCUGUGCGUUUUCUUUCUGUUUUGGACAAAUAGAUAAACUACCAACUUGUUUGACCUGUCAAAUUACGGUGGAAGGUUCCAACCUUACUCUUACAGGACAACAAGAUAAUGUCAUGGCAACAAGGACCGAGAUAUUAAAUUCAUAUCCUACCAAAAUCCAUUUAAACUUGAAGAUUCCUGAUCAAGAUUGUAAUAACCUGAGACGAGAAUGUGAAAAGAUUGCAGUCAAUACCAACACAACAAUAUCCAUUACUGAACCCAUUCCUCAAUCUUCAUUCACUUCACAAAACACAGUGAAUAUUCUUAUUACUGGUAUACCCGACAAUGCUGAAUUAGCCCGAGUUCAUACACUAGUCAUGUUGGAUAAACAGUCCCAGUUGGAUGUAGAUACAUUAAAUAUUCCUUAUAAAUUACAUCACUUAAUAUGUGGACGGAAACGAACCGGACUUGGAUCAAUUUUAGAAGAAACAGCCACAUCUAUUUAUUUUCCUUCCCCAUUUAUAUUUGAAGCCAACGAUGACUACUCACCUUCCAUUUAUAUCACUGGAGAAUCUAAUCAUGUCGCACGCGUUAAAGAUAUGUUGACUAAAUUAGCAACUCAAAAGGCUCAAUCAAUGUAUCAUAAGGACGCUGUACUACACCCUAGAAAAUUAGAUUGGAUGUUGUUACAUCGCAGAAAUGACCUCGUAAAAGUCAUGAGAGAUAACGGCUCAUUUGUAUCUUUUCCAAAAAUGGGCUCCAGAAACAACCUCGUCACUGUCUAUGCUGAAUCAAGAGUGAAUGCCGAAAGAACACUUCGAUCACUUCAUUUUUUGGCCUGCGGUAUUUACGAAGCUUGUUUCUAUUUUAAUCAUCGUGAUGGCGCUAUCUAUGGCGCUGAAAGUGCGCACACUUUUUUCAAUUCAAUUUCCAAUAUUUCCGCGCUUGUAUCUCAGUUAUCACAAAUAUCAGGUGCUGAAGUGACUUACAAGACAGAUCCUGGCUGUAUCGAAGUCUAUGGUACCGAAAGAGCCAUUCGAAAUGUUUACCAACGCUUACACGAAAUGUCAUUCUUGAAAAUGUUUCAUCAAAGCACUGUAUUCAACGUAGAAUUAUCCAACGAUCAACGAGAGUUCAUCAGUGGUAAAAAGAGUGGAAAGAUUAACAAAAUCAUGAAGACCUCAGGUGCCAAAAUCAAAUUUUUACCCUUCAGUGAAUACAACUUUAUUAUCGAGGUCGAAAGUAACAAUUUUAACAAGGCAUUAGAUGGAUUGACCUUGUUACAAGAAGAAUUACCCGCAGAAAUUUCUUUCUAUGUACCCGAAGUCUACCAUAAGAGAAUCAUUGGUGUUGGCGGUAAGAACAUUCAACGCAUCAUGAAAAAAUAUGGUGUCUAUGUCAAAUUUUCAAAUGCAGAGGAAUUUGCUGCUUUAGGUGGCUAUUAUGAUAAUGAGGACAAUGUCGUGGCUAGAACUCCAAUGAAAAAUCAAGUCAAUCUGGACAACUUGCGUCAUGCUGUUAUGGAUUUGAUUAACCCAAAGGAUAGAGAUUGUGUGGAACAGGUGCUUUAUGAUAUACCCUUUUGGCUUCAUCGUACAUUGAUUCGUGAUGGUGCCUCCUUCUUGGCUGAAAUGACCAAAAAGACUAACACGCAUUUGAUUUGGCCUGAUGAUGAAAUCGCCAGUGAUAGUUUAACUUUGGUCGGUCCUGAAUCUCAGGUCGCUUUGGCUGCUCAAAUGGUGAGAUCAAUCGUGCCUGAACAAUACAAUGUGCAUUUACCUUAUUCGACAAAUGCAAAAGCAAUAUUGGAAUCAGACUCGUUCGAUAAAAAAGUAGUGCAACGAUUAAAACUCGAAUUCAAUAUUACGGUCCAAGUUCAAAACAAUUCAAUCAACAAUGAGGAAAACGAUGAGAUCAUCGCAUUAAAAAUGACAAAGGGGAAUUUAGACUGUUUAAAUGUGUCUUUGGAAAUAUUGGUUGCUUACUUGAAAGCCCAUCAAGUCAGUUUAUACGAUGAUAGUGCUGUGGUGCGACAUGCCCCUUCAAUGAAGGAUAAUCCAUUCCCUGUGUUCGAUACCAAAAUAUCUGCUUUACCUUCAGAUUUGAUAUCACCCACGCCUUCUUCAUCUUCAUCGCUCUUGACAGACUUUCCACAACCACCUUCUGCAUUGAGCUGUUAUUCUCUUUUCGAUUAUCCCAGUUCAACCAGCGGAAACGCCUUAGAUGCUUCAUGGAAAAACUUUAGAGACAUGAAUUCACCUAGAACUGUGGAUAAUAUUCGUGCCAUUUUCGAUUCACCCGAAGCUAACAAAUUACCCCCACCACCAUCUGUAUCACUUGUUUCUCCAUUGAGCUUCCGUGGUGGUCCUCCUACCAGCCCCAAUGGUUUAGAUAUUUGGUCCAACCCGCCUCAACAGGUGUCUUUGAACGGAUUUGUAGGGAGCCCACCUAUGUCUGGGUUAGAAUCGAAAUCGAUGAUGUAUUCUUUAGACCAGAACAAUUCGAAUAACAAUGGAUUCUACCAUCAACCUUUAGGAAACAAACCUGAUUUCAACACGUAUGUGAUUCCUACCUCAUCCACUUCAACCGGUAGUAACAAUAGUUCAAUGCAUUCAAGUCAAUCCAUGCCAGACAUUAUGUUGGAAGAAAGACAUGUUCAUACCUCACCUAAAAAAAGCACCCAUUUACCCUUUCAAAAUUACACUCAUACCCAAACGUCACCACCACCACCACCUUUGAUUUAUCCAUCGAGUUCAACCACGGCAGUUCAAUUUGCCGCAUUAUCUUCAUCUGUUUCCACUCCUACAUGUACAUCUAAUAAUACCUCCAGAAGUGACAAAUCGCUUGAUUUCCCUGCUCUCUUUUCUUUAAAUCAUUCUUCUGCUGAUGAAACUGGCAUUGUUCAGAAUUUGUUGAAUAAUAUGUCAAUAGGUCAAUCCAAUAAUUUGUCUCAUUAGAUUAUAUAUCAAGUUUUUUUUAUUUUUUUCUCCCUGCUUAGAGUGUGCCAUUUUCGUUUUCCCUUUUUUUUUCUUUAUAUAUCUUAUGUUUCUCUCCCAAUCCUCCCCUACCCUUUUUCACAUAUUUUCAUUUAUACACUAAAUAUCUUUCUUAUCCCUUCCAAUACCUUUCUUUUUUUUAUUUUUUUAUUUUUUCAACUCUGAAAAAAAUUAAAAAAUAAAAUAAAAAUGCUUCAUAAUUUCUGCAA